AUGGGAGGGAGAGGAAGAGGAGACCCAGGGAUUGACAACGGCGAAGCUGAUAAGAGUCGACGUAAGUUGGAGAAGAAGAACGCAAGAAUGGGGAAGAGAAGGGGCGGCAAGGAGGAGAGCAGAAAGAGGAAGAAGAAGAAGGGGGAGGAGGAAGAGGGGAAGCAGAAUACGGAGGAGCGAGAGGCAUGUGGCAUGGCGGGAGAGGGGUCGGCGGCUGCCCCCGUUGUCACUGUUAGUGUUGCCUUGCCGGGCUCUAUCAUUGACAACGCGCAGUCCCUCGAAAUGGCAACCCUGGUAGUCGAAAAUGCUCCCCUGCCUUGGACUUUUUCCUUUUCUCUUGUUUACUUGUGUGCUGCCCUUGAUGUGAUACUCAUUGGUCCUCUGUUUUCCUUUUGUUCUUGCCCUCGCCAGCUGGCUGGUCAGAUUGCUCGCGCGGUCACCAUUUUCCGGAUACAUGAGGUCACUCUGCUCUUUGUGCCCAGACCCUCCCUCAGUUUUCUGUGAUUCCUUUACGUAAGAGACUUGUCUAAAUGUGUUGUACGUUCUUCUGUUUCAAUGCGCAAGAGGGUGGAUUCCCUCGUAGGCUGCGCUCUUACUGUCCCGAGUCCAGCCUAAAAGCAAGUACCAUGGUUGCAGUGGGGAAGGGAGACAAAUGAUCAAAACUUUUCGUCGAGGCUGACGAUAGAGAAACCAUUAUCAUGUGUUUGGUGGCUUUCAGCUUUUGUGGAUCUCAUUUCAGUUUUGAGAUGUCUCCAAAUAUCAUUUUGCUGCUCCUCGUUUUUACUCUUUCCCUCACCUUUACUUUCUCAUCCUUUCUACAAAGGGUUCCUGAUGGGCCAUCAUCUACUGAGAAAUCUUCUUCUUUUAGGCAGGCAUGUAUUGAUGCCCAUCUGAUUCUAGUCUGACCUUUUUGUCUCAGGCAUAUACCUUUUUCUGCAAAACGUUGAUCAAUGAUACAUUUUUCACUGUUAACCUACAUAUUGGUUCGUAAUCAGGGUUUUUGUUACUCAUCAGGCAUUGGUGGUCAAAAAAUCCUUUAACAUCAUUUUGUCAUUCAUUCCAUCAUUGUUAAUUAUUGGAAGGCUCCUUUUGGUCUAGGGCAAAGUAAUUGUGGUUUUAGAAAUGAUGUUUGUGUCAUGGUGUGAAGGACUGCUUUUUAAUUGACUUUUAUCAAUGGGCUUGGUCUUUCAGUAUUUAAGACAACUGAGUUCGUGCUCUCAAGUACAUACACCUUUCUGUACUAAAAGACUUUAGGUAUUUAAGUUAAAGAAUUUGUAAAAGGGGUUGUGACUUUGUUUAUCUCAUCCCGGUUCAUGCUAUCUAAAUUGAGUGAUUUCUGCUCGCUGAUAUAUGCUCUCUUGUUUCAAGAUAUGCUUACUACUGAGUUGUUCAAGACACUGGCUUUCUCAGUUGUCUGGAGAAAUAUGUCAGGGGGACGCAUGCUGGUUUUUUUUAUUUAUAAAAUUUCUUGUCUGAUCUUGACCAUUGGAACACAGUAAGUCCAAGAGAGCCUAUGAAUGCUUGUUAAGCCUUUUUAUUUUUCGAGCAGGUGAUAGUUUUUGAUAAUAAAGCCUCGUCAGAUGAUGCUGUAUUGGCAGAAAAUUCAGAUAAUAAUGAAAAUGGCGCUGCAUUUCUUGUAAAAAUUUUGAAUUACCUUGAGACUCCACAAUAUCUAAGGCGCAGUCUCUUCCCUAUGCACAAUAGCUUGCGGUUUGUGGUAAGCAUUAACUUUAUUCAAAAUGAUGCUUAUCAUAGGUUUGUUUCGUCAUUGUUACAGUAUGCUAAUAGUAAUGUAAUCUGCAGGGUUUGUUACCCCCACUUGAUGCUCCUCACCAUGUCCGCAAACAUGAAUGGUCUGCUUUUCGGGAAGGUAUAAGAAACUUGCUCACAUGAUGUAAGUAAUCGAGACUAUUAUCAAAAUAAUAAACUUCUUCAGUGUGUGUGGGAUACACCGAGGAUGCUCUCUGGAAAGCAGUUCCCAAUUGUGAUAGAGAUAAGUGUAUAAUAGGGCAAAAGAUGUAAGAAGAUAGUGACUGUCUUCUCUUUGGGAAAAAAAUGCAGUACUACUGAAAGAAUAUCUUCCAUGAACUUUGGCUGACCUCAUACUGUAUUGAAGGUUGUGAUGCUCUGAGUGUGGAGAACUGCUGUAUACUGCUCCCAUAAAACUAUCCGUCUGAUUCCUCAUUGUAGAUACUAAGUUAUUCAGGGAUGAUUGGUCCCUAAACAGAAUUUGGGAACCAUGCAUACCAUGAUAAGUCAUUCAAUUCUCUCAUCCAUUGAUGCGACAUAUCAUUCUCAUUCAGGCAAUUGGCGCAGAAAGGAUACACCAGCCUAUAGAGCUGAAGCCAAAUCCUACAGUGAAUUUCUUUCACUUUAUGUUAUACCUUUAUUCUACUUAGACCAUCUUUCUUGUUUCAUAUCUGUCAUUCUUGAUGUGAAGACAAACGUAUGGUUGACAUUUCCAUGCUUCUAUACACCAUUUCAAUUCGUCCUUCAUCAGGUAUUUGGUGCAGUGUUCUGAAGAGUCUUCUCACCUGGCUCCAGCUUUCUUACUUUCUUUUCUCUUCCACCUUCUGAGUCUCCUACUGUGUAUUCCUAUUCCUGGUCACACUCGAUUGGGAGAGUAGGCUUGCUGCAAUUCUACUCAAAUGCUAGAGAAGCGAAUCAGAUUCGCCUUACCUUUUCAUCAGAGAUGCUGCUAUCCUCUAUCUUAGUCUUCUCAUGUCUUAAGCUCUUCAACCGCAAGCAUGGUCCAAAGGAAAUGAAGCUCAGCAUCUAUUUUGACUAUUGAAUUGGUGCUUUUCAAAGAAGAAUAGGUUUUUUUUUAUCUCAUAUUUUGGAUCGUUCGUAAUGAAAGUAACCUUGACAUGAUUGGAUGAUUCCUGUGGAAAUAUAUGAAUUCUGCUAAUCACAUGGAUCUUUGUAUGUUGUGUGUUCAGAACCUAUGUCCAAUUGAAUAAGGCACUCCAUUCAUUAUAUCAGGUUCUUUAAUUGGAUCAAAUACAAAUAUAUAAUGUGCAAUACUUUUUUAAUUAUGUGUGCCUGUUAAUCCUCAGUCCUUAAAAAGAUGUGUACUUCUUAAAUGUGUCGCAUGCAAGAAGUAUCUCGAGUGAGAAUGUCUAAUUCCUUGAGGCUUUUAUCAACUCGAAACUAGCAUUUGACUCCCCAUUGAAAAAAAGGUGAACUUUUGCUUCUGUCUCUUUGAUCAAUGAUUAUGGAAAGAAACGAUAUCAUUAGGAACUGAAUAUUAAUUGUUAUUCAUCUGGUGGUAUCUGUCUUUCAUAAAAACUACUUUGAGCUAUCUCAAGCGUUGACCACUUUGGGGAAUUAAUAUAAUUUGCUUUAAUUCAGGUAUAACGUUGGAAGAGAGACCAUUGGAUUUUUCUGGAACAUUAGUUAAUGUUGGAUUAAGUAAGGUAUGUGUUACCACUAGUCACAACUUAUUUUUGGCAGAAUUAUUUACUCUUGAAAGAGUUAGCUAGGAAAUUCGUGAGUCAAAUUCCCACUGUGUUCAUGAUUGGGUGACAACUUUUAAAGUCCAUGAUCUCUUCAUUUUUCCAUGACUUGCCCUGUGCUUGGUUCUUACAUCUUUUGAUAAAAUAUAAUCAAUGAUGGGAAGUAGAGCGAUAUGAUGCUGUUGAAAUGUAUAAUUUCAAGACAUUGAUGUAUUUUUCAAAAGAAACAAUGUCUACACUAACGAGAUUAAAUGGAUGUUCCAGAAACGAUACCUUUAUGUUGCAUUAACUUUUGGUAAGUAACGAACUUCUUUUUUAAAUCAAGGUGCGUCGAGAAAAGAAAAUGAACAAUGUGAAAAAAGGAAUUACCAGGUCGUUGAGUUGCCUGCAUGUUGUUGGUAACAUUUCUACUCAAGCUUGUCAAGAAUACGAGAUCUGCUAUUUAUGAUUGAAACAUAUUAUCAUAUUAUAAAUGAAAACUGGAUGGCUUCUCACGCACAGAUGAUUUAGAAAACCAUAUGUUUUAACUGAAAUGAGCUAAAUUGGACCAAGAACUGGUCGAAACUGGUCUAAUUUUGCCUGUUCAAGUUCUUACCUUUCGUAUUAUGAAAGUGUAGCGCUAAUAGCCGUUAAUUUUUUUAUGUAGCUUUAUUUUGGCUUGAUUUUGUGGUUGUGGUCUUCAGGUGGUUGUGUUAUUAUAAGGAUGACCCUUUUUGUGACUCUUUCCUUUGGCUUUAUUCAAGAACCUUUUGUGCCAUUUAAAGGAUAUGAAGUUAGCCUGCAGUGACAAAUAUUGUCAACUGUUGGUGAAGAAAGCAAUAUAAAAAAGAUAGGGUGACAGGAAAAUAAAUGGGAUGGUCAUUAGCAAUGAAGCCUUUCCCAGUGUCAUUUUGGUUGCCAUUGUGCAUGCUGAGGCUAAAUGCUGGUGUUUUCCUUAUUUGGUGAUCUAAGUAAAUUGUUUUGUGUUUUUUUUCUUGAUUUACUGUAACGAUCGAGAGAAAAAAACUAAAAAUUUGUAAAACAGGUAAAAUUAUGAGUUUUUUAAUUUAUGGGCUCGCUGUUUAUCCCUUUACUACUGGUUUUGGAUAAUUUAGAGUUAGUUCACGGAAGUUCUGAAUUUGCGUAAAAUUUAUAUUCAAAGUUUCUGUUUUCAUACAAGUAAAACAUGAUAAAACCUCAUUGAGGUACACUGUGGCAUCAGUGUCCAGAUCAGGCCAACCUCAAACUUAGUCUGUUAAGGAAAAAAGGAAUGGAAGAAAACGCAUUUUUACAAAUUAAUGGCUUCUUAAAUUUUUUAUCAAGCUUAGCCUGUGAAGUAAAAAAAGGAAUAGAAGAAAAACAUAUAUUUGAAAAUUAAAUGUUUAUUAAAUUAUUUAUUAUUAUAAGAGAGGGUUCAAUUGGUUUUAAGUCUUUGUAAAAUCAACCUAUUUUCUAUGAGCCCCUAUUUUUUGUCAUUUUUUUUUCUGUUCGGAUUGAGUCCUUUACAUGGGCCGUUAUGAUAGGUUAAGUUAAUUUUAAUAACAAAUAGGUGGAUUUUUUUUAGGCGUUAAAAGAACCCAAUCAUCCCCCAUCCCCUCCCCCCCUCCCCCCCUUCUCUCUCUCUGUCUCUGUCUCUGUCUCUCUCUCUCUCUCUCAAACACACACACACUCUCGCAUCUUUUCAAGCACCCCAAAGAUCCCCCAUGCUGUGAGUAUCCUGGGGAGAUCUUUCACAAAGAAGACAGACUUUUCAUAAUUUAUUGAAUAUGACUGCAGAAAUAAAGUUUAAUUGAAUAUUGGGAAUAUUUUUGUAUUUUUCUGAUGGCGAGUUCCCUUAAAGACCAAAUCCACAUGAUGUUUCUUGGGCCUAAAUGUUGACAGGAAAAAUCUAAAGCCUGUAAAUAAUAAAUGACUAAAUCUUAAAUGAGAUAAGCGAUCAUUAACAUAUUACCCUGAUCCUGUUUCCUUGACUUUCUCUCUUGCCAUCUUUCUUUGUCUCUGUUUUCUGCUCCUAUCAUGGCAGUAGGAAUUUAGAGAUGAUAACAGCAGGAUUCUUCAUAUGCAUAGUUGAUAGUAGUACAAUCCUGAGCACUAAUGUCGCAAACUCUGAUUGUGUAUGACUACAUAAUUGUUUAAAGAACUAUAAAUCAAUCAAAAUAUUUUUAAAUAAAAAAUGUUGGUGCUUAAGAUCUAGUACUGAGAUCCAUUAUAUGGUGUAACUUUGUAUUAGCUUUUACUCAACAUUUGCCUUUUUUAUUUUUCUAUUUAUAAUCUUUGUCUUAUUUUGGGAAUUUAUCAAUUGAUUUUGGGCUCGUAAUUAUUGCUAUAUGUUAAAGUGAUGCUAGGCGUGAUAUUUCGUAAUUCUAGUCUUUGGUGAUUAUUGUCAUGAAGGAGUACUCAUUUCUUCUGAUUAGUUCAUGAUAAUAAUUCACUAUGAAUAUCUCUUUUACUCUUUCAAUGUAAAAAAUUAGAUAAUUAUUACAGAAUGUUAUGGUGGAGGAAAUUCUUGAACCUGGUGUACGGGUAACUGUGGCCAUGGGAACAAGUCGUACUCUUGGAACAGGUAUGUGUUCUCAAAUUAUUCUAUGAUUCAGUUUGUUAUUUUUUCGAUAAUAAUAUUUUCUGUUUGCUGCUUAUGGCCUUGAUUCUCUUUUGAAUAUUUUCUAGUUAAACUUUGUUUAAUUUUGUGGACUUAAGUGAUGCUAUUUUUCGAUCCUUUUAGGUUUAAAGAUCCCUAUCAAUCUGUGUGGAUUCAAGAACUCUAUAUUUUUCAAUUCUUGUGAUUCUAGGGACCUUACUUUUCAAUCCUUGUGAAUUUGAGAUCUCCCCUUUCAAUCCUUGUGGAUUCAAGGAUUCUGAAUUUCACUCUCGUGUGAAUCUAAUAGUACAAUUUCCUCUCUGGGCUCUAUUACAAUGAUUGGUAAUAAAGCGAGAUUCCGACCCCAAGACUCACCCUUGUGAAGAUGUCUCCUAUUCGUGAGGUGAUCGAUGCUGUUGAUGAUGUCGUUCAUCAGGUAGGAUCUCUUUUAAGAGAUGAAUUUCGUGGGUCUGAACAGUGUGCAUCACAGUUUGCAAGAUAAGCAUUGUAUUUUGCAAAAACUAUUGUGGAAGAUGACUGUGUAUUAAUAGCGGAGGCCAGAAAGAAAAUUGUGCAUUGAAUCUGACGAAAUCCAUCAGGAUUGACGGAAGGGUACUUUUUAUCCACAAGGAUUGACACGUGUGAUCCUUAAGUUCACAAAGAUUGACGAAACGGUCUCUUAAAUCCAUAAGAUUGAAAUUGACAUAGUGGAAGUUAGGAAGAAAUCUUUAAAUUUAUUGGGAUUGAUUGAGGUCGUACUUAAACGGGUAAAUAUCUGAAAAUAAGGUCUCAUGAAUUCAUAAGGGGUUCCUUAAAAGAGGAUGAUAAAAAAAAUAUUUCUGAUCAAAGAAAACCAUUGUUUAUAAACCGUGCUUCAUUAAAUAGGGAAAAAUCAACUGUGGAUCCCUUAUAAGGCAGUUUAUGACAGCAGCUUUAUGUAAGACUUUGUAGAUAACAAUAAGCAAGCAUUAGUCUUACAAAAAGGAAAACGUAUUUUUGGCCUUAUGAACUGUCUGAAAAAUUUCAUUGUGCUCUUCCCCGUUUUACCCGUUAGGUCUUAGUGGGCUGAGCUUUUUUAGUGUCUUCUGUUUCCUGUGAAUCUGUCUUAUAUCAACGUCUUUAAUGAUUCAGUCCAUAGCUGCCUAUUUAUGCAUUGAGUUGAGGUUUUGUCCUAUAUGUUUUCAGUUCAAAAUAAAGUAAGUUGUUAAACAAGUAAAACACAUUCGAAGUUGAACACAUGAUUAGUCAUUUCUUUUCCUGAACUUCGUUAGUUUUAGCUUUUCCAUUAGUAGUGGUGUCUCACAUUUGGAUAUGUUACUCUCUGCUUUGAUUUUUAAUGAAAAAUUAAUUCUUUACACCUCCAUUGUUGACUUAUUUUAAGUAGAAUGUAAUUCAUCCAUUUCAGUCCAGGUGUGUUAAUUUUAGAAAUUUGUCAAGGUCCAUGAUUGAGCUAGACGCAUCCAUUUCAAAUGAAAUAAACCGUCAAAUGCACUUUGAGGACCGCAACGCUUCACUCAACUUUUGUAUCCAUCUGAAUCUUGUCUUAUCUCAUCUAUUGAAUUAGCCAAGGAAUGUUUGGCAAUGGACUGACUGGUCAAAAUAAGACUAGCUCAUAUCAGCAAGUUUUUGUUGAGAAAGUCUACUGGUUCUUAUUCUGCCCUUUUGUUCUUACUUGGCUGCGAACAAGAAGGUUAGUGUCCUUGAUCUGAAUGACGGCCAAACCACACCUACGUUCUUUGAACCCCAAGCAGGAGAUUAGCAUGUAUGAAAUAAAUCGGGCCAAGGAGAACAAGAUCUUAAACUAGUCAGAAGCUUUCACUGUCCAAAAAUUCCAACAGUGAAACACUUUCUUGAAAUAAAUGAUGUUAACGUGCAAAUAGAAAGAAACUGUCUCUUGAAGGACAGAAUCCCUCUGUACCAUUGCAAAAUUGUCAACGUAAAUGAAAGCCUUUAAACUAAAUUAUUCUUUACUCAUGUCAAGUUAAUUAGAUGGGACAUCCUCAUGUUGUAACAUGAUGUUGGUCGUCAUUUUUUGCUAAGUGAUUUCGGUCCAGCCCAAAGCUUCAGAAAGCCUUGAUAAAAAACGAAGGAAGAAUAAUGCAAUAUCAGGCGCAGUAAUGCUGUUCCUUUUUACUGGUAUUCAUCACAGUUGUGCUGCUUCCAGAAAGAGAGGAAUAAAACCAUCUUUCUUGCAUGGGGAUAAGUAAUUAAAUUACGGUAAUAAACAAUACAGAUAACCACCAAUACUUCUAUCAUGCAGACUGUGUGCUCUGGCUGGAAACAUUAGGCCAUGGAACAUUGAAGUAUGCAGUCAUCAUUAUGGUACAUCAGGCGGCACAGAUAAAGGGAAAAGUGACAAACUAAGCAGUCCUUCAAUCAGGAUCUACUGUUACUCUAUGCGACCCCUUCUGGGUACUGGAUUUUGCUUUUCACUUUUCUAUGUUUUUUUGAUAUAAUUUGUCCUCUAAUGUUGUUUUAAUAAUGUUAUCUGUCUCAACAGCUUAGUUGGUAAUAUAUCGGCAUUUACACGGAAGUUUUUGAUUACCUCUUUUGCGCAGAUCUCUCAACUCUUUUCUUAAAAAGUUCUGGUGCAAGCAAAAUUUAAAGAACUUUUAGUCACUGCAAAGUGCUACAUUUUACGUUUUGGUUUUAAUUGGCUUCGCCUUCAGUCUUAUGAUGUAGCUCACUUUCUAUGCCUUGCAUUCAGUUUAUGUAUCUCAGAAGAUUUUUAAUUUUUAUGAUCUCCAAUUAUAUUUUCUAGAUGUUCCCAAGAAAAUCGUUUCUCCCUUCACACCACUAGAAGAAAUGGGAUUGUAUUGGGGUUAUAAAGUACGAUAUGCUCCUAACAUUAGUUCUGUUUUCAAGAUGUGUCCGUUCCAGGUACAUGUCUUAGAUUUUUCUUUUCUUUUUUGAGAUCAACGGGGAGACUUCACUCUUUAUAUGUGACGCUUAUGUUUCCCUUAUAACUAUGAAAUAUUGUUUAAUUUAUAGGAGGGUUAUGAUCACAUUGUUGGGACAUCUGAGCAUGGAGUCAUUGUUGAUUCAUCAGAGCUUGUGAUCCCUGCAUUUCGGUAAUAGUAUUUCCAUUCCUCUGUAUGGUUUUUUAGUUAUGUCGUCUGAAAACCUGUUUUAGGAUCAUUUCGUCUAUAGUUGUCUCAUUAUUUAUCCACGUCAUUGUCUUUCUCAAUUGAAUCGUUCGUUUAUGCUGGUUCAUGAUAGAUUUUGUCCUACUUGUUUAUCUCUAUGUUCUGGUUAAUAGCUUGCAUGUCAAAUACUCUCUUAAGCUUCUCCUUCAUCCAUUUAAAUGUUCCUCAUUUAGAAGGGUGGUGUUUGACUGGAUACAUAAUGACACAACUCUUUGGUUUCUUCAUUUUCUACCUCAAAUUUCGUUCAAUCAUCUAAUCAAGCCACAAAGCUUCAACCCUCUGACCAAGCUUAUAGCCACGGAUAUGGAUAGUUCUAGGGGUCACUUUAGGCCUCUUAGAUCAUGUAGGUGGAAAAAUCAUUCAACUGAAUUACUAAUGAUGACGGUCUAGGGUUUAUAUCCUAACCCUAGAGGCAACAUAAUGGACCACAAGUUUGGCCCAUUAUCACUAAAUCAAAGUCCAGUAGGGCAUGACAUAAGAAGCCCAUUACAUUUAACACCCCCCCUCAAGCUGGAGCAUAGAUAUCAUAUGCACCAAGCUUGGUAAAAAUGGCUGUCGCUCAAGGAGCAUGGACUGGUUUGGUGAAAAGAUAUGCAAGUUGGUUUUCAGAUGACACAUUAACACUAGGGAUGAGUUGAGCUUGAAUCUUCUCUUGAAUGAAAUGGCAGUCAACUUUGAUGUGCUUUAUGUACUCAUGGAAGAUGUGAUUAGAUGCAAUGUGAAUGGCUGCUUGAUUGUCACAUCAAAGUUUAAUAGGGCCAAGAGAAAGAAGUUUUGAGUUCUUUGAGGAAAUGCUGAAUCCAAAUGAGCUCAUAGCCUUAUACUCGAACUCUGUACUAGAUCAUGAGACCACUAAUUGUUUCAUGCUCUUCUAAGAAAUAAGAUUGUAGCCAAGUAAAAUACAAUAACCAGUCAUAGAUCUCAUGUUUGUAUUGCCUCUAGCCCAAUCUAGAUCAGAAAAGCCAUGUGUGUUAAGAUGAGUAUGAUUCUUUUAUAAUAAUCAUUGGCUUAGAUUUCUCUUUAGACAUUGUAAAAUUUGUGUAAUGACUGCAAAGUGCUUUAUGAGGUUGCCCAUGAACUAACUUACAACACUUGGAGCAAAUGAGAUAUCUGACUGAGUGAUAGUUAAGUAGAGGAGUUUUCCAACAAGAUGUUGAUAUCUUCUUCGAUCAUCUAAUAAUUCUCAUUAUGCAUGAGAUAAAUUUAAGUGGAGAUCCAUAGGAGUAGUAGUUGGUUUUACUAUACUUGUCUCUACAAGUGGAUCAAGAGUAUACUUUAAUUUAUUUAUCACAAUCCCUUACUUAGAAAGAGCAACCUCUAUACCAAGAAAGAACUUGAGAUUGUCUAGAACCUUAGUGUCAAAUUGACUCUGUAAAAAGUUCUUGAGGUGAGAUAUAUCAACAUAAUCACUCCUAUUGAUAACUAUGUCAUUGACAUAUACAACUAAUAAGAUACACCUAGUUGAGGAGUGUUGAUAAAAGACUGAGUGGUCAACACCAUACCCUUUGAAAACUCACUCAAAGCGUUGUUAAUUAAAGUGAUUGUUGAACCAUGCUCAAGGAGAUUGUUUCAAACCAUGAAAAAACUUUUGCAAUCAACAAUCAAAUUGGAGCCUCUAUGUGCACAUAAUCUUGGAGGUUGUGUCAUAUAUAUCUCUUCUUGUAGAGUGUCAUGAAGAAAUAUAUUCUUUAUAUCAAGUUGAUAAAGGGACCAAGAGAAGUGAAUUGUCAAGGUAAACACAAUAUGGUUAGAAGUAAUAUUAGUAAUAAGGGAGAAAGUUUUGAAUAAUCUUCAUCCUUUACUUGAGUGAAACCUUUUGUCAAUAAUUGAGCUUUCAAACAAUCAAUUGUACUGUCAGGUCCAACUUUAACUGUGAAGACCCACUUGUAGCUAACAGUAAAUUUUCUUGGAGGAUGUGGGACAAGCUCUCAAGUUUGGUUCUUCUUAAGUGUAUCCAUCUCUUCAAUCAUAAGAGCAUAUCAUUUGGGAUGACCUAGUGCUUCUAAAUUAGUUUUAAGAGUAAGAUAGUGGAUAAGGUAGAUAUAAAAGCUGAGUAGGUAGGAGAUAAGUGAUGAUAAGAUACAAAGUUAGAAAUGAGAUAGUGUUUACAAGAAAACUUUCCUUUUCGUAAGGCAAUAGGGAGAUUGAGAUCACCUAUCACAGAUGUGCUUGCUUCUGGUCCCUCAAACAUAGGAAGGACUGGUUGUGAAGUAGACACUUCAAGAGGUGAUGAGGGAGCAUUUUGUUACAUGUACACCUAUGUGAUUGGAGGACAUUUAUCUCCCAACCUAUCAUCUAAUUUCUUUGAGAUCCCACUAGGACUGUCCACAAAGGUUGACUUGAUGUAGAGGUAAUAAUUCAUUUAGAGAAUCAAUAUGCUAUGACAUAUGGAAGAUAACUGAUGAUUCCCUCCUCUCUUGGACAAAAAAGGGAAAAUGAAUAAUGUAUUCAAGAAAAAUAGAGAAAACAAUGAACAAAGGGAAAUUAGUUUGAGUGAAUUCCCCUCUCCCUUUCUCUUGUGUCACUUCUACCAUGAUAUCCCCUCUUAUUCACAAGAGAUGUUUAUACUGCUCAGCCCACUCCUUCCCUAAUGUUCACUAUAGAAGCUUCUAAACUAUUCACUUACAACGAACAUGUCUUGAGGGGUACCGUAUCAAUAACAUCAGCAAAAAUAAAGUGUUUAUGAAGGACAAUAACACAUAUCCUUUUUGAUUGUGAGAGUAUCUUAAGAAAAUACAUUUCAUAGACUUAAGAUCAAGUUUAUCUCAACUUGUAUCUAAAUGAUGGACAAAACAAGUACAUCCAAAAACAUUUGGUGAUACAUGAUAUAAUGGGCUAGUAGGAUAAAGAAUGAAAUAAUGAUUCUGUUAAUUCAUAACUGAUGAUGACAUUUUAAGUAGGUGGUUGUAAGAACAGCAUCACUCUAUAACUCAAGUGGAACAUUUAUAUGUAAAAGUAAAGUACGGGCUGUCCCAAUAGUAUGACGAUUUUUCCUCUUAGUUAUUUCAUUUUUUUGAGUAUGAGGACAUGAUGAUUAAUGAAUGAUGCCCUAGGUGGUCAAAUAUUAUGUCAAAAAUAAACUAAUACUCUUUUACAUUAUUAGAGUGAAGUAUUGUAAUAUUCUUUCCAAAUUGAUUCCAAAUUUCAAUGCAAAAUAAGCAAAAGAUAGUGAAUAACUCUGAUUGGUCUUUCAUGAGAUAGUGCUAAGUGAUAUGAGAAUGAUCAUCAAUAAAUAUAACAAAAUAUUAAAACCAAGUUUAUAAGUGACUCGACUUGGGCCUCAUACAUUUGAAUGGACUAAAUCAAAGUUAGAGCCUAUUCUUGAAAGAACUCUUGACCCAAAGUUAAAAUGAUGUUUACCUAAUUGACAUGAUUUUUCUUGAUUAGACAAAUUAGAUACCAUCAAUUUGAGUUUUUCAAGUAGUACAUAAAUGAGACAUGAAUCAGGGAAGAAAGUUAUGACAGCUUGUAGAAAUUGAGUGAGUUUACUAGUAAAAAUAAGAUUAAAAAGAAAUUUGAGAAUGUGCAAAAUAAAUCUGAGAGGAAGGUUGGGGUUAGGAUAUGAAGAUUCUUUACCUAUGAUAGUAAAAAAACUAGGAUGACUAAACUAGGAUGACUAAAAUAGGAUGUGAAAUUGUUGGAUAUAUAAUAUGGUUACUCGUGCUUGAGUCAAGAACCCAAUGGGGUGAUUCACCCAAAGAGGAUGUAGAUGUGUGAGAGAAGCAUGCUGUAGAUGUCCCAGGUGUAUCCGAAGUAGUAAUGGGUAUUAAUACUUAUUGGGCCCGUGCAGCUGCAGUAGGAUUUGAAAAAGGAAUUGAUCGUGAUUUGGAACCUGUUCUUCCACGACCUCUCUUAGUUGAUAUUUUUGUAUUUAUAUCUAUUUUUUUGUUCUGGCUCGGCUAGACGAGAUAGGAUAGCCGAGCCAAUUUAUAACAGCAUAUUAGUCCAAUAAAGAAACAUUCAACAAGAAAAAGGAGAGAGAGGGAUUCGAACCCUCAAUAGUUCUUUAGAACAAAAAUAGAGAGGGUGAGCACACUCCAUAUCAAAGAGUGACAUCUGAUGUAUGACUUGGGAUCUUUCCUCUUCUCCUCCUGUAACAACAUUAGCAGUCUUAGGAGGAUGGCCAUGAAGUGCACUUAUUCCUUGUGUGCCCUUUUUUGUCGCAAUAUGUGCACUCAUAUUUUUGAUGAUUUCCAGAUGCUCUACCUCCACUUCCUCCUUUCUCAAAGCGACCACCAUGAGGAUGCCCAUGAGAGGGUUCUUGAGUAGACACUAAUAUUGUUUUCUCUACAAGAGGUGUGGUCUUUAGAAUGCCAUGAUCUAGAAGAACAUGAGAGACAUUAAUGGGCUUCAGUAAGCGUUGGCAGCUCAUUCCCUACUAGUAUUUGACUACGAAUUCUAUCAUACUCAAGACAAAGCCAACUAAGACACUUGGCCACUGUUAGCUGAUAUCAUUGUUUCUCCAUCACUUGGAGAUCAAUAGAUAAAUGAAGUAAUGAGUGGAGAUACUGAGUAAGAUGAUUGAUCUCACCAAAGUAUUGACUCAGAUCUGUGUCACCUUGUUUCAACUCAUAAUACUCCAUAGUCACAUGAGACCAUACAAAAAACAUCUUACCAAAUGAGGUGCAUUUGGCUUUAAAAUAAGUCUUUAGAUACCUUAAUGUGUCUAGACUGGCUACAUUACAUGCAUAGGGUGUAUUACGAAGGGCAAGAGAAAACUAAGGUGUAUAUGAAUUUGGUUGGAUUUGAAGACCGGUGUAAAUAGAGUAUUUAUGGGGGAAAGUUAAAAACACGAUUAUCGCCAGAAUGGAUUGAAACCUAAACGAGGUUUGCUCUGAUGGUUUAGUACCAUGCAUAAAGGUUGACUCUUAUGGAUUUUGAGUUCCAUUGCCAAAGGCUUAUGGAAGGCAGUAUGAAAGGUGUUUUACAUUUGGGGAAUUCCUAAUGCUACUCCUGCUAUUGCUAUUGUUACUGCUGGAAUUGACAUCUUUCUUCAGAGGGCCACUUCUUGCGGUAAAGCUUUCCAAUUAAAUGAAUGUGCUUGCAUACUCUUGUAUUCCUGUGGGAAGUGUGGGACUAAUUGAAUUUCAUUUGUCUGCUAAGAUAAUUCUUCUUACUCACAGUUUGCAUUCGAUGCUCCUGAUUCAAUAAUUCCUGAAAACAGGGCAUUCACUGAACUAGUCUCCCUUUGGUCCCCCAGUCAGUCCACUUCUUUCUAACCACUGGGCUGUCAACAGAGUAUGAUUGAAGUAUGAUAGGAAUCUAGAAAUAGCCUGGAGGCCUCAAAGUUUGGUUCAGAAAUGUGAAGUGGAUGAUAGCAAAAUAAUUACUACAAGAAUAGCUCUUCAUUCAAUGAAGUAUAACACGUUUUUGAACUUUCUUGAGAACCAAUCCAAUUACUUACCUAUGGAAAAAUUAUGUCUGGAGGAGCACCCAUUGAUGACGUAGACCUCUAUUAUUUUGUUCGUGAGAUACUGCUAGAUAAUUCUGAUUGAAAAUGGAUAAUUCAGAAUGGUUCAAUGUAAAAUAUGUGGGCGUUGGGAUUUCGGCCUUGUACGGUAUCCUCUUUGCUAUAAAGCAAUCCUCCAGACCUUCUUGACGGAUUGCUUUGUAGCAAUCCGUCAAGAAAAUGCAUAGAAAUAUAAUGUCCAACUUUGGUAUAAUUUGGAGAUUGUUUGCAUUUUGAUCGAUUAAUUGUUAAUGGGUUUAUGAAAUAAGAUCCGCAUUAACCAUUUUAUAUUGCAGUUAAGGUGAGAUAAAUUGAUCUGCCAUGUUGGUUCUUACCAAUGUAUAUCAUAAGACAUGCAACUUCAAUGUGAAGCAUUUUUUUCAUGAUCACUGUGCAAAUGGCUUCAUUACUAUCUUUUUCUGGCAUUUUUUCUACUAAAAGUGAUCCAAUUACCGGAAUGGCGUCAGGUACGCCUGUCCUAAAUCGAUACCUAUCCUAUCAUAGGAUAUUUGUCUUUCUUUCGUUCUGGAGGUUUCGAAACCGGAAGUUGAGAAGCAAGGAAUAAAGAAGGCCGAAGGGCGAGCCGUAGGCGAGCGAGGAAGAUAACCCUGACAGUAGACUUGGAGUUUUUAGGGAUAAAAGCAUUCUUGGUGGUGCCGCAAAAGGCUCAUCAUCAAUUUCAGCCUCACUUUGGUGGUUGGCGUUCGGUUAGUAAUAGCUAAAAAUCAUCUUCUAGUGAAUUAGAAACAGUGAAAGUCUCACCUCGCUACAAUCUAAUCAGCCGUGGACAUUUUGUAGAUAGAGAUAAGAGUAAUUUCAUGUUUUUCUGGGAGGAUUGGAGUUUUAUUCUGCCUCAUACUUUCGCACAAUUGGACCUGGAGAUUGUUGUUUAAUAAGAAGGUAUAUGACCUUUGACUAAAGAUGUUAGAUAGAUGUAAGCCUGUUCAAGAGAACUUUUUUAUUUCACAUCAAUCUCUCGUCCUCUAUCUCACUACAAAAAUAUUGGCAUGAUGGUUAUUUUCGGUUUUUAUGAUUUUGUUCUUGAUGAAUAUUAAGGUGUUUGUUCCUGAUAUUCUGGAAGGUGGGUUCUGGAUAGAGAAAUUGUUGUCCACAGGCAAAUGCUGUAUAGAUGCCUGGUUUAUCACUCUGUUGUAGUUUUGGUCCUCCUGUGAAAUAGAAUUCUCACAUCUCCUCUUUAUUCUGGUGACCUUGGUGAUGCGAUGCAUGAAAGUUUCUAAGUAUCACUUGGUCACUGUGAAAGAAAAAGGAAGAUGAAUUAAUGUGUUUCACUUGAAUUCUAAGGUAAUCAAUAGAGUUCAGUAGAUAUGAAUGAAUCGUGAUAAUCAGAAUGUCGAUGCCUGAUCAUUCAUGAAUGUAUCAUAUAUAUAUGAGGAUAAACAGUAGGAAAAAGUCUCUUCUUUUCUCAAAUCAUAGUACAAUGGCUAGUUAUGUUUAAUUACCCUGGCCAUUAGAAAAAGAAAACCACCUACUUUGAGGAAACUGACAAAAUACGACACGGACCUACAAAAAGUAACUCCUAAGUAUGCGGUUUUCUCACAAUAAAGAAUUAUCAUAAAUGGAGAUAAAUUUGUUUUGUGGUACAAGUCUAGAUUGCAGGUUCAAUUCUCACUGUUCUUGCACUGAGGUGCACGAUAUUUACCAUGAUACUGAGACACUUGAGACUACGCUAGUGUAAAUUAUCUAUCACGGUAAUUGGAGUAUAAAAGUUAAAGUGCCUAUUUUGUGGUGCCUGACGCGCAAGUCAUUAGAUGUGGGUUCACUGAGCUCACUGAGAUGUCUUACCGAAUUGCCUGUAAUUGAAUCCCGCGAGUAUAUUCCAGCUUCGUAUAAACCUUGUCCAGCAGCAUCUUUUAUUGUUUAUGUCCAUCGAUGAAUUUGGCUUCUUUUGCUUGAUUUUGACGCUUAAUACUGAAUGCUAACAGGCAUUUAUUAAUUGCAUUUGGUGGACUUGGUGGAUUAGAAGAGUGCAUUGAGGAGGAUAGUGACAUGAAGGUACAAUUUCAUUUGAAAGAUGUUGGGUUUUUUGAAUAUAUGGCACAGUUUUCAUAGUAAUCAGGUGUGCCUAUUUACAUCUGAAUUUGUAGAUCUAAACCUUGGUUUUUGUAAAUGAAAAUCUAUCAGAAUAAACUUCCCAAGGGUGGAAAAAAAAAAAUUAUUUCUUUUUCUGCAAUUCAUUUUUGGAUGAACAUUCUCUGGAACUUCACACAUUCUCAUCUACUGGCCGUUUGUGCUCCCUGUCUACUUUUAAAAAUAUAGAAACAAUGCCUAUUUUGCUCCAUAUUCGUAUUGACAACUUCCGUGAAACAUACUCCUACAGCUGCUGUCAUUACGUGAAUGUAUAUCUCAUAAUAGUUACCAAACAAAUAAUGUGCCAGCCUGCCCAAACGUUUUUUUUUAUUCGUCAUUAUUCUUAUUGAUAUCCAUUAAACCCAACGUUUACUAAUGGCUUCAAAUAGUUAUUAAUAUUUUGUUUGUAUUCUAUUUUUGACAACUGCGUUUAUCGGAUUGUAUCUUCAGUAUUGUCAAAUUAAGGUCAACUAAAAUUUUUCUAGUGCCCUUUGCCUUCCCACUUCUAGUCAAGUGCAAUUGCAUUAGUUUAUGAACAUGCGAUGUAGCUGCUCGGCAUAGCAGCCUACGGAGGGAUUUCCUCAUCCUCAAGCUUAUGGCAGCACACAUCCUUGGGCAACUAAGUGUAUUGGCAUGCACAUGUAGAUUUUUUAUAUCAGUUGGAACUAGAUUGACAGAAAUAUGUUUAGUCUGCCGUAGUGAGCAAUAUAAUUUUUUUGUAACCAGGGAAAAAAUGUCUCCGAGAUCUUUCAUUCCUAUUUGAAUACAUGUCCACAUCAAGGAAGCAGAACAAUUCGAACUGAGGUAUGUUUGAUCUUGAUAUCUUUCCCCUUCCUUUUAUGUGUUUUCUCCCUAUUCCAUGGAAUCCUAAGACUAAAAUUUUCUCAUUGGCAGGAAGCAAUCUUCAUUUCUCUUCAGUACUUUCAAGAACCAAUCAAGCGGGCAGUCAAUAGUUUGAAGCAACAAUAA